AGAGAAAGAGAAAUAAAGAUAAUCGAUAUGGCUAUUGCACCGACUCAAAAUGCAUGGGCAUUUGCAUUCGGAAUCAUGGGCAACAUCAUAUCGUUCAUCGUGUUUUUGGCCCCAGUGCCGACGUUCGUAAGGAUCUGCAAGAAGAAAUCGACAGAGGGUUUCCAAUCGCUUCCGUACGUUACCGCACUCUUCAGCGCGAUGCUUUGGAUUUACUACGCUUUGCAGAAAGACGGGUCGGGAUUCCUUCUCAUCACCAUAAAUGGCGUCGGAUGCUUCAUCGAGACAAUCUACAUCAUCCUCUUCGUCGCCUUCGCUCACAAGAAAGCCAGGGUAUCAACCUUGAAGGUUAUAGGGCUCUUGAACUUCUUAGGGUUUUGCGCCAUUGUUCUUGUGUGUCAGCUCUUAACCAAAGGAUCGAACCGGGCGAAAGUGCUUGGAGGGAUUUGCGUCGGAUUUUCCGUCAGCGUAUUCGCAGCUCCUCUGAGUAUAAUCAGAGUGGUGGUUCGGACAAAAAGUGUGGAGUUCAUGCCAUUUUCUCUGUCCUUCUUCCUCACACUUAGCGCCGUGACGUGGCUUCUCUACGGUCUCUCCAUUAAAGACUUCUAUGUUGCGCUUCCAAACAUAUUGGGUGCAUUUUUGGGAGUGGUUCAAAUGAUUCUCUACAUAGUAUACAAAUACUACAAAGCACCGGCUGUUCAAGAGACGGAGAAGACCAAAAAGGUGCCGGAUCACUCCAUCGACAUAGCCAAGCUGUGUCUCGAAAAUGUUUAA